UGUGCAGCUGCCAUAUUACGCAUGAUUUUGCCAAAAGUAGACACUUUGAACCGGGAUAAAUAUCAACAAUUAUCUUUUAAAUUAGGACUGUUGUCCUUUUGGUAGUUUGGUGCAGUAACAAAGUGAACGACAAUGGCUAGCGUCUCGUACCACAUCGCAAAUCUCUUGGAGAAGAUGACUUCCAAUGAUAAGGAUUUUCGGUUCAUGGCAACUAACGACUUAAUGACCGAACUACAAAAAGAUUCUAUAAAGCUUGACGAUGAUAGUGAAAGAAAGGUUGUUAGAAUGCUGUUGAAGUUACUAGAAGACAAAAAUGGAGAAGUACAAAAUCUGGCCGUCAAAUGUCUUGGCCCUUUGGUGAAUAAAGUGAAAGAGUUUCAAGUGGAGACAAUUGUUGACACAUUGUGUAGUAACAUGAUCUCAGAUAAAGAACAGUUGAGAGACAUAUCCAGCAUAGGUUUAAAAACAGUAAUUAGUGAGUUACCUCCCUCUUCCACUGCCCUUGCAGCCAGUAUUUGUAAGAAAAUUACAGGGCGUCUGACAAGUGCCAUAUCUAAGCAAGAAGAUGUGUCAGUACAGUUAGAAGCUUUGGAUAUCUUGGGAGAUCUUCUCAGCAGAUUUGGAGGUCUGUUGAUCAGUUUCCACCCCAGCAUUAUGCAGUCCUUACUACCACAGCUCUCCAGCCCCAGGCUGGCAGUCAGAAAAAGGGCAAUCAUAGCCAUUGGUUAUCUGGUGAUGAGCUGUAACUACACUCUAUUCAAUGAACUGAUCGAGUUCCUUCUGAACGAGCUGAUCAAGAACACCUCCACCUCUACUACAAGGACCUAUAUACAGUGUGUGGGCGCCAUCAGUCGACAAGCAGGACAUAGGUUUGGGGAGCACUUGGAGAAAAUGGUGCCGCCUAUCGUUCGGUUCUGUAGGGAGGAGGACGAUGAGCUCAGAGAAUACUGUCUUCAGGCGUUCGAGUCAUUCGUACGCCGCUGCCCCAAGGAAAUAUCACCUUUUGUUCAAGAAAUAAUCAAGAUCUGCCUGUUAUAUAUUUGUCACGACCCAAAUUAUAAUUAUGAUGACGAUGAUGAUGAUGCCAUGGAAACUGAAGAUGAUGAAGAAGAUGAGGAAGAAGAUGAGGAAUACAGCGAUGAUGAUGACAUGAGUUGGAAGGUCAGGCGUGCUGCUGCUAAAUGUCUGGAUGCUGUUAUUGGAACCAGACACGAAAUGUUGAUGGAUUUUUACAAAAAUGUGUCUCCAGCACUCAUUGCAAGAUUUAAAGAGAGAGAAGAGAAUGUGAAGGCAGACAUCUUCCACGCUUUUGUGACCCUGUUAAGACAGACUCGACCAACAAUCACAUCAGACCCCGACGCCAUGGAACAGGAUGGGGGGCCGGUGUCUAUGCUGCAGACCCAGAUCUCGGACAUUGUGAAGGCCAUCCACAAACAGCUGAGGGAGAAGAGCGUCAAAACCAGACAGGGCUGCUUCAGUCUCCUCACGGAACUGGUGCUGGUUCUCCCAGGGGCACUAGCUAAACACUUUGAUCAACUAGUACCAGGCAUAAUAUAUUCACUGGGAGACAAGAAUUCCAGUUCCAACAUGAAGAUAGACACUCUGUCGUUUUUGAACACGAUCCUGAUCCACCACCAGCCCGCGGUGUUCCUCCCCCACAUCAAGAUCCUGGUGCCGCCCAUUGUUCAUGCAGUGUCCGAUCCUUUCUACAAAAUCACCUCGGAGGCCCUCCUUGUGACACAGCAGCUUGUCAAGGUCAUCAGACCCCUGGAGGAACCUGUACAGUUUAAUCAUAAGCCAUUUGUCCCUGAGCUUUACCAGUGCACACUAAAACGGCUGAAGGCCGCAGAUAUUGAUCAGGAGGUCAAGGAGAGAGCAAUCUCAUGCAUGGGACAGAUAAUACGCAACAUGGGUGAUAGUUUGUCUUCCGAGCUCAGGGAGUGUCUGCCUAUCUUUCUGGAGAGGUUGAAGAACGAGAUCACACGACUGACUGCUGUUAAAGCCCUCACCAUGAUUGCUGGGUCGCCCUUGAAGAUAGAUCUAAAACCAAUAUUGGAUGAAGGAAUACCUGUGUUGGCCUCAUUCCUACGGAAGAACCAACGAGCCCUGAAGCUGAGCACGCUCACUUGUCUCGAUGUCCUAGUCAAAUGCUAUGGGGCGUCCUUGUCCUCCAACAUGAUCUAUGAAGUCAUGAAUGAGAUGUCUCCGCUCAUCAAUGAGAACGACCUUCAUGUGUCUCAGUUGACCUUGAACUUGCUAACCUCGAUUUCCAAGACGCACAAGUCAUGUAUGGCCAGCCUGCACAAUGAGAUCCUGCCCCAGAUUCUGCAGCUGAUCCAGUCACCCCUGCUACAGGGCGGUGCCCUCACUGCCCUACUGGAGCUGUUCCAAGCUCUGGUAUUGACCGGUUUACCUAAGCACGGCUUUAGGGAUUUCCUACAGCUGUUAAUCACUCCCAUAUAUAACCCCACAACUACAACUAGCAUGGGAUUCGCGGUCCAUAAACAGGCCUUCCAUUCAAUAGCCAAGUGUGUGGCAGCCCUCACGAUGAAAUGCCCAGGCGAGGUCAAUAAUGUAGUCAUACAGUUUGUAAAGGAUGUCAAAAACCCUAAAUCUACAGACUCCAUUCGAUUCUUUGCUCUAUUGGCUCUCGGUGAAAUUGGCAAACAUAUAGACCUGAGCGGACACAAUGAGAUUCAGACUGUGAUCUUAGAUUCUUUCUCUUCACAUAAUGAAGAAGUCAAAGCGGCUGCUUCUUAUGCUCUAGGAAAUGUAAGCGUAGGAAAUCUACCCAAAUUUUUACCAUUUGUUCUAAAAGAGAUAGAAAACCAGCCUAAGAGACAGUACCUACUUCUCCAUUCUUUAAAAGAGAUCAUCAGUUGCGAGUCGACGUCUACAGCAGGAGUGGACAAUCUGAAGCCCUAUGUAGCCUCUGUAUGGUCCAUGUUAUUUAACCACUGCGAGUGUCCUGAGGAGGGGACGAGGAAUGUGGUGUCGGAGUGUCUGGGGAAACUGACGCUGAUAGACCCCGCCAAUCUCCUCUCCAACCUGAAGAACCAUCUCAAUUCCCAGUCGGCCCUCACCCGCAGUACUGUGGUCACUGCCAUCAAGUUCACCAUAUCAGAUCAGCCUCAAGGAAUUGACAACUUGUUACGUAACUGUAUAGGAGAUUUUCUGAAGACUUUACAAGAUCCUGAUUUGAAUGUACGGCGUGUGGCAUUAGUAACAUUUAAUUCUGCUGCUCACAAUAAACCGUCUUUGAUCAGAGAUCUAUUGGACAAAGUGCUGCCCCAUCUGUACAAUGAAACCAAAGUCAGGAAAGAGUUGAUUCGGGAGGUGGAGAUGGGUCCUUUCAAGCACACUCUUGACGAUGGUCUGGAUAUACGGAAGGCUGCCUUUGAGUGUAUGUACACCCUGCUGGACUCGUGUCUGGACCGGCUGGACAUUUUUGAGUUCCUGAACCACGUGGAGGAUGGACUUAAGGACCACUACGACAUUAAGAUGCUGACCUAUUUAAUGCUGGUCCGUCUGGCUCAUCUCUGUUCCAGCGCUGUGUUACAAAGACUGGACCGUCUGGUGGAACCUCUCAGAGCCACCUGCACCACCAAAGUAAAGGCCCACUCUGUCAAACAAGAGUUUGAGAAACAGGACGAGUUGAAGCGGUCAGCUAUGAGAGCGGUGGCAUCCCUACUGGCUAUACCUGAUGCAGACAAAAGCCCACAGAUGAACGAGUUCUUGUCUCAAAUCAAGCAGAGCACGGAGCUGGCGGCCAUGUUUGAGAGCAUUCAGAAGGACGCUCAGACAUCCCCCACAGACAUCAUGAUGAUGGACACCAGCUGAGUCAGCCAAACUCUUGAAAGCCUGUCUGGGUCUUUGGAGUGUUUGUGUAAAAGGAUAGAAAGAGUCAUUGACAUUAAGUGCUGUGUUUCUGUUGAAAUGAUGAACGAUAAACUCUGUUUGUAUGGAGUGAUUGUUCCUGGUAAAUGUACAAACUAAUGUUUCUUUCGCCGUUUUAAUUUUGUUUGUUACUUCUCUAAAGUGCUGUUACUUCCUUAAAGUGCUGCUCUUGUUAUGUGUUAUAGGUAAAAAAUAAAUUGAGAAGAAUUUAUCCAUUAUAGAAAUAUGACAUCAUAUUUGAUGUUUGAUGUAUACCUUAGGAAUUAUAUCUGUUUUAGCAAUGUGAUACAGGAGGAAGGUGAUAUGUAUGAAAUAAUGAUACAUACAUCAUAAGUUCAUGUAUUUACUGUUAUAAUGCAGCCAUCUGCUAGACUUUUUAACACCAAGCCCAAUUAUAUGAAACUGAAAUAAGUUAUCUAUAUGUAGCUCAAUUUGGAUUUGCUUAGAGAUAUCCCAGCAUAAUAGAUGAAUGUAAUUUUAAAGACAUAAAAGAUAAAAAUGGACUAAAUAUGGGUUUUAUUUUGCAUGUGGAGGAAUAUCUUGUUGGUAGGAUCAAAUGAUGUAUAAGAAUGGAUAAGAAACGUGUACAAAUAUUUAAUUGUAUUACGAAAUUCAUGCUCCCUUUAUUGCCUCCUUCACACAGUUUUAGAGAUGUAAAUCUGGUACUAAAAGCCUUUGAUUUAAUCAAAAUGACAUGAGAAUAGUGACAAUUUUAUAAUAUUGAUGUUAAACAAAUGAACUCUUAAUUAAAGUUACAAAAAGUUCCGUUUUGAUGCAAUUAUGUGACACCUAGAAGAAGUUACAAAUUACGUGCUGAAAAACAUUGUCAUAUUGCUAGAAUAAAAACUUAUCAAAACAUGUAAAAACUUUUCAUUUUUAGCUCACCUG